UAUACUUAAAACUGACUGCAAAGGCCAAAACCACUAUCUCCGAUCUCAAAUUCUCCGACGAGUCAAAACCCAAAUGGACCCAGCCGCACCCGAAUCCCAAUCCCUAACCACCGACCUCGAAACCCUAACCCUCUCGACCGAUCCCCUAACCGACCAGUUCGCCUCCCUCAACGACCUCGCCCACGAGCUCGCCUCCCUCCAGGACCUCGCCACCCGCGGCUCCUGGCGCUCCAUUCUCGACAAGGUCGCCGUCGCCCGAGCCCAGUCCCUCCUCAACAAGCCCCACGACCACCUCGUCUACUUCACCUACAACGUCCUCGCCUUGACCAAACUGCGUCGUUUCACCGAAGCCGCGUCCGAGAUCGAUUCCCUAGAAGACCUCAACAGCUCUCGGUACCGUUACGAGGGGUAUCCGAAUGUGUACCCGAACCGGGUCGGGUCUAUGGUGCCGUUCUCGCUGCGGUGGCUUUAUGCGUUAAUGCCGAUCAAGUUGGGCCGGCGGCAGGAUGGGCUGGACCGGCUGUACGUGCUCUUGGACUUUGUGAGGAGUAAGGUGAAGGAGAAAGGGGAGAUUGGGAGUGUGAGUGUGAGUGUGUGGAAGAGGAGGGAGGUGUUUGUGAUGAAUGGGAUAAUUGGGGUUCAUUUGAAUCAGAAGGAGUUGGCUGCUUGCUUCAGCUUGAUUAAGGACUUGUUGAACCGGGAUUACACGGACCCGGUUCUGGUUUCGAAGCUCGGGUACAUUCAGAUGCAAAUGGGGGACCUAGAGGGAGCGAAGAGCUCGUUCAAUGUGGUGCAGGGGUUGGUGGAGAAGGAAGGUGAAGUGGGAAGUGAGUUGAGGAACUUAGUGAGCAGGAACAAGGCGUUGAUUUACAUGGUGGGGAAGGACUAUGUGUCGGCGGUGAGGGAGUAUGAGGAGUGCAUUGAGAGGGAUGGGAGCGAUGUCGUGGCGAUUAAUAACAAGUCUCUUUGCUUGAUGUACUUGAGGGACUUGUCGGAUUCGAUCAAGGUGUUGGAGAAUGUGCUGGAGAGAGUGCCUACGGUGGCGUUGAACGAGACGCUUGUGGUGAAUUUGUGUAGUAUGUAUGAGCUGGCUUAUGUUAAUCAUGGGGAUGUUAAGAGGACUCUCAGUAGCUGGAUUGCCAGGGUUGCUCCUGAUGAUUUUGAUUCGGCUUCUACAAGGAUUUGAUAUCAGUCAAUCAUCACAGGCAUUUGAUUACUUGGUUAUGGUAAAGAGUGGGGGUGGAGUUCGGUUGCAGGGUUGGCCAUUGUUCAGUGGAUUGGAAAUAUUCAAAGCGAACCGCUAAUGUUCAUAGUGAAACACCCAAGGAGAGCUAAAGUAGGAAAAAGUACAAUAGAAGUUUUUGUUUUUGUUUUGAAGGAACUAUGACACUCCUAAAAGCUUUCUUUGCUUUUGGUUUGCUUGUUUUCGUUGUUUGUUUCAUUAUGAGCAUGGGUGGUGAGCCCUCUGAAUAUGUUUUAGUUGUUCAGCAAUAGCUGACUGCUCGGCUCUGGUCAACUCUGGGACCAAAUUCCAAAUUCUGCCACUUUUUCUCCAACCAUAGCUUUUAUCCCAGCAGUUUCAAAUGCUUGGGUUACUGAUUGCAUUGGUACAAAAAUUAGCCUUGCACCACUCAACAAUCUUGUCCUUCAUUGCAAGAUGAAGUCUUGGACAACUAGUGGUUCAGGUUCAUAUAUUGAAUAAAGUUGUCAUCUCUUUUGAUUCCAAUAGGAGUCCAGUCAACUCUUUUUCCAGACCAAAUUGCUUAUCUGAGACUAUAUUGUAUAUACUGAAUCCUAAACUUGUAGAUGAACAAACGGAUAACUGUUCCAUUUGUAUAUAGCAUAUUACCUUAUAUAUGUAUGACUAUGUUAGCACACCUAGUAGGGUGCUUCUGUCAAUUGUUAACUGUUGAGCAAAUGAUAAACCAUGUUGAGAAGCUAAACACAAAUGGUUGUUGCCUUGUGUUCUCUAAACCAUAUGUUAUACCAGAAACUCUAAUAAAUUAGGCUCUGGUAAAACAUAUGGCUGGAAUUGCUACCCUUGACUAGCUUAUGCUUUCAUUUCAAAGAACUGCAUCUGUACUCCCUUGUCCAUUCCCUGUAUUGAUUCGGAAUAUAAUGCAGGGGAGGUAUGCUCUUCCAUUAUUACAUUUUUAUGAUGUCAGUAUUGAUAAUUGCAAGACCUGAAGAUGAAAAUUAUUUGAGUAGGCUCGUAUUUGGUUAUCCAAAUUUCAGGGAUUUCUUGAAUAUGUUGUGCUAUUGUAGAGUCUGGUCAUGAUCUAGUGCUUCAGACCUCCGGAGCACUCUUAGUGGUCUAUACGUCCAAGUAAAUUCAUGGUUAAUGUUGUCCUUAUAAUGAUGCUGAUCAAUUACUAACUGUAAUGGCCUUGAUUAUUCAGUUCUGUUUGUCAUCUUUGUUUUGUUUUGUCCCACCUUCCUUCUAAGCUCCAUAUGGAUUUGUAUUAUUCAGUAUCUGUAAACCCGCAUUUGUACUUAUCUUGCUGUUAAAUUAUCAUCACAAUGCAUUUUCUGUUUCUUAGCUCAA